AUGAGGACGAUGAAUAGAGGCCAAGCCAAGACCCUAAUCUUCACCAAACAGCCCUUCAUCGAAGACGAAGGGCAUCGUAAAAUAGAAAAAUGGCAAUUCAGCGCCAUGUCCGACACGGAGAUUGUCAAUAUGGCUGAAACUCAAAUUUAUAAAUGCAAUUAUUAUGAUCCCAAUCAAAAGCCUAUCGAAGGCGGCUUAUUGGACCCCCGCUUGGGCCCAGCAAAUAAGAGUAGUGGUGAGUGUGCGACAUGUGGUGCGGUAAUGAAGGACUGUCCAGGGCACUUUGGAUUCUUGGUGCUUGCCCUCCCUGUUUUGAAUGUUGGAUAUUUAAGUACUAUUGUGGACAUUUUGAAGUGCAUUUGCAAGUUAUGUUCUGGCAUACUUUUGGAGGAGGGAAUGCGCAACGACUUUUUGAAGAAGAUGAGAAGUCCCAAGAUGGAGCCUUUGAGGAAAACCGAGCUGAUGAAAAAGAUAGUGAAGAAGUGUAAUAGCUUGGCAACCAAUUAUAGACCAGUGAAGUGCUCCAAAUGUGGAUUUAUAAAUGGUUCAGUGAAGAAGGCUGUGGGUGUGCUGGGCAUUAUUCAUGAUCGUUCAAAACUUAAUGGUGUUAUGGAUGACUUUCGAACAACACUUUCUCACACGAAAGAGUCCAAGGCAUCAUUUAAUGUGGCAACUCAUAUGCUAAACCCUGCUAGAAUUUAUUCUCUGUUUAAAAGGAUGGUUGAUGAGGACUGUGAGUUGCUUAAUCUUUCGAAUAGACCAGCGAACCUCAUCAUGAAAAACAUUGCUGUGCCACCUAUAGCUAUUCGGCCUUCUGUUAUUGUGGAUAGAUCACUGAGCAAUGAAAAUGACAUUACAGAGAGGUUAAAGAGAAUUAUUCAAUCCAAUGCUAUUCUAAGACGGGAUUUAUUAGAAGCAAAAUCUGCACCCAAAUGUUUGGGGCAUUCAAGAAGGUGCAUACUCUUUGAAGAUGUGCUUGGCUUCUUCAUGGGUUGUUUGGUUGGAAUGGAACAAGCUAGUUGGGAUAUACUUCAAGUUGAGGUUGCACAGUAUAUAAAUAGUGACAUUCGUGGCGUUCCCUUUUCCAUGCAAACUGCCAAGCCAUUGAGUGGUUUUGUACAGCGCCUCAAAGGGAAGGGGGGCCGCUUUCGUGGGAAUUUAUCAGGGAAGCGUGUUGAAUAUACUGGCAGAACUGUUAUAUCACCUGACCCUAAUUUGAAAAUCACUGAGGUUGGAAUCCCUAUCAAAAUGGCUCAAAUCUUAACUUAUCCAGAACGUGUUUCCCAUCAUAAUAUUGAGAAGUUGAGGCAGUGCGUCAGUAAUGGACCUGAUAAGUACCCUGGUGCCAGAAUGCUCAGAAAUCCUGAUGGCACAGAAUGGUCCUUAAAGGUUAACAGAAAGAACGCUGCUGAUGGACUCAAAUACGGUGACAUAGUUGAACGUCAUCUAGAAGAUGGGGACAUUGUUCUUUUCAACAGACAACCAAGCUUGCAUCGGAUGUCUAUCAUGUGCCAUAGGGCUAAGGUUAUGCCUUGGAGAACAUUGAGGUUUAAUGAAUCUGUUUGCAACCCUUACAAUGCUGAUUUUGAUGGUGAUGAAAUGAAUAUGCAUGUCCCACAAACAGAGGAGGCUCGGACAGAGGCUGUUAUGUUGAUGGGGGUGCAAAACAAUCUAUGCACUCCGAAAAAUGGAGAGGUUUUGGUUGCUUCCACUCAAGAUUUUCUAACAUCCUCUUUCCUUAUAACAAGGAAGGACACAUUUUAUGACCGUGCAUCCUUUUCACUCAUGUGUUCAUAUAUGGGGGAUGGAACAGAUCCUGUUGACUUGCCAACACCUGCUGUAAUUAAGCCAAUAGAGCUAUGGACGGGGAAACAAUUAUUUAGCGUUCUAGUACGCCCAAAUUCAAAUGUGAGAGUCUAUCUAAAUUUUACUGUUAAUGAGAAAUCAUACAGCAAGACUGAAGAUGGAGGACCUGAAGCAAUGUGCCCAAAUGAUGGGUUUGUUUAUUUUCGUAACAGUGAGCUCAUAGCUGGCCAACUUGGGAAGGGUACCUUAGAUAGGUUCAUGGUGCUGGUGCCAGGGCAUAUGAAAUAUCAACCUGGUAAAGUAGCAUAUCUAUGGCAGAAUAGGAAUUUACCAUAUGAGCAUGGCCAUUCUUCUGUUGUUGGAAGUUAUCAGGGGCAUUUGCAGAAGAAGAUGUGGGCUGCUGUAACUAAAGGCAGUGCAGAGUGUAUUUACUUGGAAGAUGCUCAUCGCUCUGUUGUUGGAAGCAGUCAGGGGCAUUUCCAGAAGUUUUGCAUUUGUAUCACUUUAGGAAAUGGCAAUAAGGAUGGACUUUACUCUGUACUUCUCAGAGACUAUAAAGCUCAUGCGGCUGCUUCUUGCAUGAAUCGCCUAGCUAAGUUAAGUGCUCGGUGGAUUGGUAAUCACGGAUUCUCAAUUGGGAUUAGCGAUGUACAACCAAGUGACAAUUUGUACAAUGAAAAGGAAAAGAUAAUUAAGGAAGGUUAUAACAAAUGUGCUGGUAUGAUACAGUUGUAUAAUGAAGGACAGCUACCACUUGAACCUGGUUGUGAUGCGGCACAAUCACUUGAGUCUGGGAUAACUAAAAUAUUAAACAAUAUUAGAGAUCAAACUGGAAAGUUGUGCAUGCAAACGCUGCAUUGGAGAAACAGUCCCUUGAUCAUGUCCCAGUGCGGUUCUAAAGGAUCUCCUAUCAAUAUUAGCCAGAUGAUUGCCUGUGUUGGUCAACAAUCGGUUGGUGGUCGUCGUGCACCUAAUGGAUUCAUAGAUCGAAGCCUUCCUCACUUCCCUAGAAAAGCAAAAACCCCUGCAGUAGAUGAACUUUGGGACAGAGUGAAGGUUCUGGGCAGCUUUAUGGGCAUCUAUUUCGGCUGA